AUGCAAAUCGCGGGAUAUAAAAGGGGCGGCGCGGGGCGGCAGCGGCGCGGAGGGAGCGGAGCGGCGGCCAUGGCGCCGGGCAGAGACCGCCCGCCGCACGGCGAGGGCUGCGCGGGGCCCCGCGGCGACCGCAGGACGAGGAAGCCGUUGGUGGAGAAGAAGCGCCGGGCGCGCAUCAACGAGAGCCUGCGGGAGCUGCGGCUGCUGCUGGCCGACAGCGAGUUUCAGGCGAAGCUGGAGAACGCGGAGGUGCUGGAGCGGACGGUGCGGCGGGUGCGGGCCGUGCUGGAGCGCCGCGCCCGCGGUGAGUGCCGGCCCGGGGGGCGGCGGGGGGCGCCCGGCCCGGCCCGCGCCUCACCCGCGCCCCUCUCUGUCCCCCGCGGCGCAGGGGGCGGGCGGCGGCUCCUGGAGGCCAGCGAGCGCUUCGCCGCCGGCUACAUCCAGUGCAUGCACGAGGUGCACACCUUCGUCUCCAGCUGCCCCGGCAUCGACGCCACCACGGCCGCCGAGCUGCUCAACCACCUGCUGGAGUCCAUGCCCCUCAGCGAGGGCGGCUGCCCGGACUCGAUCACGGACGUUGCGGGGGAGCUGGCCCUCGGUCCCUGGCCCGCCGGCAGGGCGCUGGUGCUGCCGGCCGGAGCCCGCCCGGGCCCGGCCCUGCCCGCCCCGGCGCUCUCGCCCUCCCCCAGCGAAGAGACCUGCUCCGACUCGGACGAGGCGGAGGCCGGGCCGGGCCAGACCUCCACGGACGGACUGGACGCGUCCCAGACGCGGGGCCUGCCCUCGCCCGGCUCGCCCAAAUCCAUGUGGAGACCCUGGUAACAGCGGAGAGGAGUCAGCGCCGACCUGCCCGUGGGGAGGGCAGGGUGCCCCGCACACCGUGUGCCGAGUGUGUCUGUCUGAGUGUCCGUGUGUCUGUCUGAGUGUGUGUGUGCGCGGCUGGCAGCGCCGUGACUGCGGACUCGAGCACUCUGACGCUGUCCCACCCUGACAGCCUAAUAGCAAACGCGUUAACAUUUCAUCCCUGUGCGUGAGUGGCGUUUUGUAACUUUGGGGGUUGUUUUUACGAGAGGAUGGGGGGGGAGGAGGGAAGUGGUUUGUAGUAGCAAAGCUCUCUGGUGGAGACACAGCAGUUGUUUUAUAACCCUGUCUGUUUCUUCUUGGCCCUUAGAAGCGGCCCAAACACCACUACCUUUUGAGCAAAAACCCUUGUGUAUUUUAAAUCACGAUAAAUAAUUCCGGGAGAAGCUGGAGCUAAGUCUGCAUGCACGGUUUUAAGCGUUCUAGUGAUAGCACAGACCCCUAAAAGGUGUCUAUACCUGAUAGCAGCCUAAAGUCUCACCUUUAGUGAAGGGAGAGAAAACUAGAAACUUGUUGGAAUUAGACAUUUUAAAAGAUGUUGGUGACAGGGUGCCUUUUAGAAAUGAGUGUCUUUAUGCACAUUUGGCUUUUAGCACAUUUGAAUUUAUUGUGACUUUAUGUAUAUUAGGGUGUCCAAUGUUUGUUUAUUUUUAAUCUUUAAUAAAAAAGCCCUGAAUUCACAACGUGGCA